GGAGGAGGACAAGCCACGGCGCCCGGACAUGUCCAGGAGGAAGCAAGCCAAGCCCCGCUCGGUGAAAGUUGAAGAGGGUGAAUCUUCAGAUUUUGCUUUGACCUGGGACUCGUCAGUGACUCAAUCAGGUGGCCUGGGAGGAGAGCUGGAGAGCGAAGUGAAGGACAGCCAGGCCCUGGAAGAGAGGAACAGUGUGACGAGCCAGGAAGAGAGAAAUGAGGAAGAUGAAGACAUGGAGGAUGAGUCAAUUUACACCUGCGAUAACUGUCAGCAGGACUUCGAUUCACUGGCAGACCUGACUGAACACAGGGCACACAACUGUCCUGGAGGUUGUCUGUUUCAAACAGCAGCAGAGCUAUAUAUGGAUAUUGCCAGCUUGGAAGCAGCUGAUUUUUCUAAACUACUGUACGACCGGAGUAUCCGAAGAGCUCAGGUUGCAUCGAGCACAUGCUGCACUAAAAGAUAAUAAGCACAUGCCCUCUUCAGCUUUUUGGGGGAAAUUCAGGCCAAGAAAAGGCGCAGUUAAAUAAAGCGCACCCCCUUAAAGUUACGAGCACACGGCUCCAAACUCAGCAGAGCGUGCUCUUACGGACAGGGAAAAUCAAUGGCUUUUUCAGGUCACCAG